AUGUUCGUGCAGAAAAAUCAAAUAGAAACUGCUACUUCGUCGUCUUGUCCUUCUUCACUUCCAGUUGACGAACCAGAUAUCAAUCAACGACUCAUUAAUUCUCUUUCAGCUACCAAUCAAGGUUUGGUAAAUGGAUUAGAAACAAAUGAAGAUGCAUCAGGGAUUGUCUCACGGAUAGAGAAGACAGUUCUCAAAAGAAAUUUAAGUCUCUUCUCAGGAAUAAGUUUUAUUAUUGGAAUUGUCAUCGGUACAGGUAUAUUCGUUUCACCGAAAGGUGUUCUAUAUUACAGUGAAUCGAUUGGUUUAUGCCUUAUCAUUUGGGUAGCUAGUGGCCUUAUUGUGCUAAUUGGAGCUUUAUGCUAUGCGGAAAUUGGUACGGUUAUACCGCUGAGUGGCGCAGAGCUCUCCUAUAUUCAAGAAGGUAUUGGUUCCGUUCAUAAACGAACCGGCGAAAUUUUGGCUUUUAUAUUCAAUUGGUCAACUAUAUUCAUUCUCCAACCAACAGGUAUUGCUGUGGUUGCGCUUACUUUUUCACAAUAUCUUGUAUUUGGAAUAAUGAAUGAUCAUGAUCCAUCCGAAAAACUCAUUAAGAUAAUAUCUAUCGUUACACUUUUGAUCCUUAUCGGUAUCAAUUCAAUUAGUGUACAAGCAGCAAAUCGUUUGAAUAUCGUGUUUGUCAUAUGUAAGUUCCUUACUGUUCUAACGAUCAUCAUUGUUGGUCUUAUUCGACUCGGACAAGGAUACACACAAAAUCUACAGAAUGGAUUUGCGGGUACAACAAAGAAACCAUUGGGCAUUGCACUUGCUUUUUAUUCUGGGCUUUGGGCGUACGAUGGUUGGAAUUGUUUGAAUGCAGUAACAGAGGAGCUCAAAAAUCCGAAAAGAAAUCUAUGGCUUGCCAUUAUUUUGGCUUUACCAUCUAUCAUCGUCAUAUAUCUGCUUACGAACAUAUCCUAUUUCACAGUGAUGGAUAAAGCGACAUUGCUUAGUUCGGAUGCUGUCGCUGUGACAUGGGGAAAUGUUGUUCUCGGUCCUGUCGUUCGUAUUCUACCCAUUCUCAUAUCUAUCAGCGCACUGGGUGGUUGCAAUGGAUCUCUAUUUAUGAGUGGCCGUUAUUGUAUGGUUGGUGCUCGUUACGGCUAUUUACCAGAAGUAUUUGCUUGUAUUCAAAAGCAACGAUUGACACCAUUGCCUGCAAUUGUUCUCGAGGGAAUACUUUCGAUGGUUUAUUGCAUUCCGAGUAAUAUUCAAUCAUUGAUCGAAUUUUUCAGUUUUGUCGCUUGGAUGUUCUAUGGAUUAACAUUUGUUGCCACUCUGUGUUGUAAAUUUACGAAAAAAGAAGUCGACCGAGUGAUUAGUGUUCCAAUACCGUUGAUUAUCAUCAUUAUUCUAAUUUCCAUCUAUCUGGUUAUUUCGCCGGUAAUUUCCAAUCCGAAUAUUGGUUUUCUUGUUGCUUUGAUUCUUAUUCUAUUCGGCUUAAUAUUCUACUAUCCGUUCGUCUAUCGUAAAAUCGAACUGAAAUUUAUACAACAAAUCAACGCCUUUCUCAAACGAUGCUUUCAAUUGGAAAAGUCCGAUAUAAACAUGAUUGUCAAUGGACAAUUCGGACGAAAAACUGUACCUGAAAUUCAUGAUUUGCCACAGCCGACAAGCAUUUUUUUAUAUUGUAUGGACAAAAAAGCAAAUGAAAAAUGGGCAAAAAAUUAUAUAAAAGUCAAAGCGAUUGUCACUCGGUCAAAUGAGUUGAUUAAAGAGAUUGAACAAGAAAAAUCAUUACUAAUGUUAGAAUUGGCCAAUGCUAAUGAGACUCAACUAACUGUAAACACACCUUUGAGUGGUUAUGAAAAGCAACCACUAAAGUCUCUAGAAGAAGCAUUGAAACCAGUUGAUCAUCUAAUAGAGGAUUUACGAGGACAUGUAGCUAUUGCUAAAAAGCAUUGUGCAGAGUCUACAGAUGGAUUAACACGAGAUGAGUCGGCUUCUCUUAUAAUCUUUGGCAUGGAAUGGGGAGAAACUUCUCUCUAUAAGAUAUUCAAUGCCAUACUACGUUCGGAAGACAGACAUAAAAUAAAACCAUAG